AACAUCAUUGAUGCCAUGGCCAUCCUGCCCUACUAUGUGUCUCUGAUAGUGGAUGAGAACCCCACCAGUGAACAUGAGCGACCCUCUGGAGGUAAGGGCUACCUGGAUAAGCUCGGGUUGGUACUGCGAAUCCUACGUGCCCUUCGGAUCCUGUACGUCAUGCGGCUGGCCCGCCACUCUCUGGGCUUGCAGACGCUGGGGUUGACGGUGCGGCGGAGUAUGCGCGAGUUCGGCCUGCUGCUGCUCUUUCUCUGCGUAGCCGUGACACUUUUUUCGCCUCUGGUGCACCUGGCGGAGAGCGAGCUGACCGGAGUGCAGGAUUUCAGCAGCAUUCCCGCCUCUUACUGGUGGGCGAUCAUCUCCAUGACUACAGUGGGUU